AGGUCUACCUCUGGCGUGGUCGGGGCCGUGGGGCGGUUUGGGCCUCUCAGAGCUCGAAGACAAGAAAUGUUUGUUCAAAAGUCCUUCCUUCCUUCUCUUAAGAGGCCCAACCUGUGUGUGCUUCAGUAGCCAGAAAGCUGUAACUGCCCAUUCAAAGUCAGAAAGCUGCAAACGCGACUCCUAGAAGCCAGGCUGAUAAUUGCCACACCGGCGCGAAUGGACGCUGUGGGAAGCCUGGAACUCCAGGGGGCGGCGGUUUUUCUAGGGGCUCUAUUUGUGGCCACAAUGAAAAAUUUAGACAGUGAUGAUCUGAUAAAUGACAAACUUCCCAAGCUCAAGAGCUCAAAAGAAUGGUUGGAGCCACAGCCACUUUCUUUUAUGGAGGCAUUAGCUAAAGAAGAUAUUGAUGCCGCUAUUCAAUCAAUAUUAUAUAGAGAAAAUUAUGUAAUUAAGGAACUAGAUAAGUAUUUAAAACAUCAUGACUUCUUAAAUACAAGAAAAAAAGAGAUGCUAUAUAAAAGAUGGGUUGACCAUGUGGCAGAUCCUCUCCAGAAGAAAAUUAUAGAAAAAGUUAGUUCACAUAAGAAGAUUAUAAAAAGGAGACAAAAGGAAUUAGAUGACUUUUUAAAAUACGUAAAUAAAAAGGAAAAUGCAUUUAUAGAGCAUUAUGAUCCAAAAGAAUAUGAUCCUUUUUACAUGAGCAGGGAGGACCCGGAUUUUCUGAAGGUUACCAUCCGACCAUUUCGUGACCCUUUGAAAAAGGCACAAUAUGACAAAGAUGAUGGGAAAAGAACUCUUCUUCAGUGUGAGACUGGCAAAAUAUAUACAAUGAAAGAAUUUAAAGAGAUUGAGAAGGCCAAACUGCAUUCCAGAUUCCCAGGAAUUUCUAAUUCAAGGCACUUUAUGACUCCGAAUGAGUGGCUUAAACUGCCUACAAACUACAUAGAAAGUGAAUUUUGUAAAAGGAGCAGGUUAAAAGUGAAAGUGAAUUUCAACGAUAAUAGUUUUAAUUUGAAACCCUUGGCAAGAGCUCCUCAUCUUCUGGAAUCCCAGGAAGAAGAAAAAGCAGUCAUGUACAAGUUUUAGCAACCAAGGAGCACAUACCCUGAUCCUUGACUGGUAAAAGAGGGCACAAAAGAAGGCUGCUUCAAGGAAGCCAUCUGCCAGCAGGAGUCAUUCAGGAUGAGGACCAAGGAAGGCCAUGGAGAACUGUCCUGUGUCUAAGAAAAGCAUCUGCAAUAAACUUCACUUAAUGUUUGA